AUGUCAGGACUACUAUACGCCUCAGGAGGCCGAGGCCUUCUGCGCUAUUUUUUCCUUCACGGGAGCCACGAACGAACCAGCUUUCCCGACCAAGUAGAAGUUGAAGCCAAUGUCGUGAGCUUUGCGCGCGACGGCAGGGUCAUAUCCGGCGAUAACAACGAGCCCGUAUCCCAGCGAUACUGCUUCUUUAAUGGAACUAUGACCGAUACGGACGGUCAAGCGCAGGCCCUGGUUCCUGCUAGGGAGCUCGUCGAGACGCUUCUGAAGAAUAUUAGCGUUCCUGCUUUGGUGUUGGUGGAAGUGCCUACUAGCGCAAUCUCCGUCCUCGGCCGCAGCGACCUCCGCAUCUGCGUCGGCGAAGAGCGACGCUACCUGGCGUGCAUGAUGCGCGUGUUCGCGCCGCGCUUCACCCAAGCCAUGUCCCAACGACGCGACGAGUAUCUCCCGGGCGACGCGCAGAACCUGAGCAAGGAGAUAGCGCGGGAUAUGGGCGCGUCGAUAGCUGACACCGCCGCCGCUACCACCAGCAGCAGCGAAAGGGAAGAAGAGGAGGAGGAGGAUCUGCUCAGUUUCUUGCAGUUGUAUCGACAGCGGUAUUUGGGGAAAUCGGUCACGGGGAACUUGGAUAUCUUGGAGGCUUGUUUGGUGCAUGUUUUGAAGAUGCCGUUUGAGUUGGCGUCGUCGGUGGAGCAGGGGUUGAUUCGUUACUGA